AUGAAAACUUACGGUGAGAAGCCAAAUUCGUUUGCGCUCGAAGAAGGUGGGGACCGCUAUUAUAUAGGAUCUGAGGUCGGAAACUAUUUGAAGCUUUUCCGUGGAGCGCUGUACAAAAAAUACCCACAGUUAUGGCGAAGAACUGCUACUCAAGACGAAAAGAAGAAAAUGCAGCAGAUCGGUUUCAGUCAGAGUACAUUGUCGACCAAUAUCAUGCUGAUGCGCGCGUCUGAAAUAGACGAGGUUUUCGCUGGAAACGAUGAAAAAUACCGCGCCGUUGCUCUCGGUAGCAAUAGCGACGUGUCAACGAUCAUUGCCACAAAGUAG